GCUGUGUGCUGCAAGAGAAAUGAAAGCGCCUGCCUUGGAGGCAGGAAGCCGACUAGGGAGAUGCUUAAUUAUCGUGGAAGUAAGUGCUUGUUACCAUUGAGUGGAAAGUGCAGCAAGUGCGGGUCGUCCUCGGGUGUCAGAGCCGUGAUUUGUAGACAAUGCCGCCCUGUCAGCUCAGUGCUGGUUCAGCAGCAUCUUUCCAAACAUGUAUUUGGCAAGAAUUUAAAGGCCACCUCUUGUGUAAUUUGUGGAGUCUUGGAAAAGGAGCCUCUGCCUUUCUUUUCAGAAUGUACGCAACCAUGCAGAAUUUUGUACUCAGAAUCUGUGUCUCCUGCCUCCUGCCUGACGUGCUCAUGAGGAAGUUCGUUUCCAUGCCCGUCACCUGGAAGGAUGCUAACAGUUCUCUGUAAUCUGUUGGGGAUAUGGAGAGGGCCACCCAGAGCUGUGUUUUGUUUCUGCCGUCUUCAUAAAUUAGCACUGAUGGGGUGGAGUAGGUUGUACUGCAUAAGGAAAUGCAGGCAUUUUGUUCAUUAGUGAGAUACUUCUAGCUUUUAAGAGUACAAGAAACUAAGGAGAGCUUGGGAAGAGGUGGUGGUGAAUGCUGGAUUCAUUCUGCAAUAUCCUCGUCUCGAGAAAGCAUGGGAUUAUGGCAGCCACAGAAUCUCAGUAAUACAAGUUCCAUUCAGUUUUUUCUGAAAGAAAAUCCUCUGUUAAAGUGAAGCAAAGAAACUGUUGUGGAUUAUAACGUUUAGAAGUUCCAAAUUUUCAGUGCUUUACAAAUAAAGCAUCAUUUAACCUUUUAAAUGAAAAAGAUUAAGAUCUCAUGCAACUGUUGUAUUUUCUGGAAGCCAUUCUCCAAAAGGGAAGUGCACAUUUAAAACACAGAUAUGAUGGUCCUUGCUGCAGGGAUUUAAGUCUACUUGCUUUUACAUCAUGACCAGCUUGAAACGGUCACAGACAGAAAGGCCUCUUGCCACUGACAGGGCCUCUGUUGUUGGCACAGACGGCACCCCCAAAGUCCACACUGAUGAUUUCUACAUGCGGCGCUUCCGGUCCCAAAAUGGCAGCUUGGGAUCAUCAGUUUUGGCUCCUGUAGGACCCUCCCGAAGUGAAGGUUCUCACCAUAUAACCUCAACCCCCGGAGUCCCAAAGAUGGGGGUAAGGGCAAGGAUUGCAGAUUGGCCCCCAAGAAAGGAAAACAUAAAAGAAUCUAGCCGUUCAAGCCAGGAAAUAGAAACCUCAAGUUGCCUUGAUAGCCUGUCCUCCAAAAGCAGUCCUGUGAGUCAGGGAAGUUCUGUUAGCCUCAAUUCCAAUGACUCAGCCAUGCUGAAAAGCAUACAGAACACACUGAAAAACAAGACAAGACCGUCGGAGAACAUGGACUCCAGAUUUCUCAUGCCUGAAGCCUACCCCAGCUCCCCCAGAAAAGCUCUUCGCAGAAUACGCCAGCGAAGCAACAGUGAUAUCACCAUAAGUGAACUUGAUGUGGAUAGCUUUGAUGAAUGUAUCUCACCUACAUACAAGACUGGACCAUCACUGCACAGGGAAUAUGGUAGCACAUCUUCAAUUGAUAAACAGGGAACAUCCGGAGAAAGCUUUUUUGAUUUGUUAAAGGGCUACAAAGAUGACAAAUCUGAUCGAGGUCCAACUCCAACCAAGCUCAGUGACUUUCUCAUUACUGGUGGUGGCAAGGGUUCUGGUUUCUCUUUGGAUGUUAUAGACGGGCCUAUCUCACAGAGAGAGAACCUCAGGCUUUUUAAGGAAAGGGAAAAACCACUCAAGCGACGUUCAAAAUCUGAAACUGGAGACUCAUCUAUUUUUCGUAAAUUGCGCAAUGCCAAAGGUGAAGAACUUGGGAAGUCAUCAGAUCUUGAAGAUAACCGAUCAGAAGAUUCUGUCAGGCCCUGGGCAUGUCCAAAGUGCUUUGCCCACUAUGAUGUCCAGAGUAUAUUAUUUGAUUUGAAUGAGGCAAUUAUGAACAGGCACAAUGUUAUUAAGAGGAGAAACACCACCACUGGAGCUUCCGCAGCUGCCGUGGCAUCCUUGGUCUCUGGACCUCUGUCUCAUUCAGCCAGUUUUAGCUCCCCAAUGGGCAGCACAGAGGACCUGAAUUCCAAAGGAAGCCUCAGCAUGGACCAGGGAGAUGAUAAAAGCAAUGAGCUUGUAAUGAGCUGUCCGUAUUUUCGGAAUGAGAUAGGUGGAGAAGGGGAGAGGAAAAUCAGCCUUUCAAAAUCAAAUUCUGGCUCCUUUAGUGGAUGUGAAAGUGCCUCCUUUGAGUCUACCCUUAGUUCCCAUUGCACAAAUGCAGGAGUGGCAGUACUUGAAGUGCCCAAGGAGAACUUGGUGUUGCACCUAGAUAGAGUGAAAAGAUACAUCGUGGAACACGUAGAUCUGGGUGCAUACUAUUAUAGAAAAUUUUUUUACCAGAAGGAACACUGGAACUAUUUUGGGGCUGAUGAGAAUCUUGGUCCAGUGGCUGUGAGCAUUCGAAGGGAAAAACCAGAUGAAAUGAAAGAAAAUGGAUCUCCGUACAACUACCGAAUAAUUUUUAGAACUAGUGAGCUCAUGACACUGAGAGGUUCGGUCCUGGAGGACGCCAUUCCGUCGACAGCCAAGCACUCGACGGCCAGAGGCCUGCCUCUCAAAGAAGUGCUGGAGCAUGUGGUUCCCGAGCUCAAUGUCCAGUGCCUGCGGUUGGCCUUCAACACGCCCAAGGUCACAGAGCAGCUCAUGAAACUGGAUGAACAAGGGCUGAACUACCAGCAGAAAGUAGGCAUCAUGUACUGCAAAGCUGGACAGAGCACUGAAGAAGAGAUGUACAACAAUGAGUCAGCUGGCCCAGCCUUUGAAGAAUUCCUUCAACUAUUGGGAGAGCGAGUUCGGCUCAAAGGAUUUGAGAAGUAUCGAGCACAGCUUGAUACCAAAACUGACUCCACUGGAACCCAUUCUCUGUACACAACAUACAAAGAUUAUGAAAUUAUGUUCCAUGUUUCUACCAUGCUGCCAUACACACCCAACAACAAGCAACAGCUCCUGAGGAAGCGGCACAUUGGAAAUGAUAUUGUAACAAUUGUUUUCCAAGAGCCUGGAGCGCAGCCGUUCAGCCCAAAAAACAUCCGAUCCCACUUUCAGCACGUUUUCGUCAUCGUCAGGGUGCACAAUCCAUGCUCUGACAGUGUCUGUUAUAGUGUGGCUGUUACCAGGUCCAGAGAUGUGCCUUCCUUUGGGCCUCCAAUUCCUAAAGGGGUCACUUUCCCUAAGUCAAAUGUGUUCAGGGACUUCCUUUUGGCGAAAGUGAUUAAUGCAGAAAAUGCUGCUCAUAAAUCGGAGAAGUUCCGGGCCAUGGCAACUCGGACCCGCCAGGAAUACCUGAAAGAUCUGGCAGAAAAGAAUGUCACCAACACCCCUAUCGACCCUUCUGGCAAGUUCCCAUUCAUCUCUCUGGCUUCCAAGAAGAAGGAAAAGUCUAAGCCAUAUCCAGGAGCCGAGCUCAGCAGCAUGGGGGCCAUUGUAUGGGCAGUCCGAGCUGAAGACUACAACAAGGCCAUGGAACUAGACUGCCUUUUAGGGAUCUCCAAUGAGUUCAUUGUGCUCAUUGAACAGGAAACAAAGAGCGUGGUCUUCAAUUGUUCCUGUAGAGAUGUGAUAGGGUGGACUUCAACUGACACCAGCCUCAAAAUCUUCUAUGAACGAGGAGAAUGUGUUUCAGUGGGGAGUUUUAUUAACAAUGAGGAGAUCAAAGAGAUUGUCAAAAGGUUGCAGUUUGUUUCAAAAGGCUGUGAAUCGGUGGAGAUGACUCUGCGAAGAAAUGGGCUAGGACAGCUUGGCUUCCAUGUCAACUAUGAGGGCAUCGUGGCAGAUGUGGAGCCCUACGGUUAUGCCUGGCAGGCAGGGCUGAGGCAGGGCAGUCGCCUGGUGGAGAUCUGCAAGGUGGCAGUAGCCACUCUGAGCCAUGAGCAGAUGAUCGACCUCCUGAGAACGUCUGUCACGGUGAAGGUUGUCAUCAUUCCCCCCCAUGAUGACUGCACCCCGCGGAGGAGUUGCUCUGAAACCUACCGCAUGCCAGUGAUGGAGUACAAAAUGAAUGAAGGUGUUUCAUACGAAUUCAAGUUUCCCUUCCGAAAUAAUAACAAAUGGCAGAGGAACGCCAGCAAGGGGCCUCAUUCACCUCAAGUCCCGUCCCAGGUGCAGAGUCCCAUGACCUCGCGGCUGAAUGCUGGAAAAGGAGAUGGGAAGAUGCCUCCUCCAGAAAGAGCUGCCAACAUCCCUCGAAGCAUCUCCAGUGACGGGCGCCCACUAGAGAGGCGGCUGUCUCCUGGUUCGGACAUCUAUGUGACGGUCUCAUCCAUGGCUUUAGCAAGAUCCCAGUGUCGGAACUCUCCUAGCAACUUGUCUUCAUCCAGUGAUACUGGUUCUGUGGGGGGCACUUACAGGCAGAAGUCCAUGCCCGAAGGGUUUGGAGUGAGUCGUAGAUCCCCAGCCUCCAUUGACAGGCAGAACACCCAGUCAGAUAUUGGUGGCAGCGGAAAAUCCACGCCUAGUUGGCAAAGAAGUGAGGAUAGCAUUGCUGACCAGAUGGCUUACAGUUAUAGAGGACCUCAGGAUUUCAAUUCUUUUGUCCUCGAGCAGCAUGAAUAUACAGAGCCAACAUGCCAUCUCCCAGCAGUAUCAAAGGUACUGCCAGCUUUCCGAGAGAGCCCCAGUGGGAGAUUAAUGCGGCAGGAUCCAGUGGUUCAUUUGUCUCCAAACAAACAAGGGCAUUCUGAUAGCCACUACUCGAGCCACUCCAGUAGCAAUACUCUCUCCAGCAAUGCGUCGAGUGCCCAUAGUGAUGAGAAGUGGUACGAUGGGGACCGCACAGAAUCCGAACUCAACAGCUAUAACUAUCUGCAAGGCACCUCUGCUGACAGUGGCAUUGACACCACCUCUUAUGGCCCCAGCCACGGCAGCACAGCCUCGCUGGGGGCUGCCACAUCGUCACCUCGCUCAGGGCCAGGCAAGGAGAAAGUGGCACCCCUAUGGCAUAGCUCCAGUGAAGUCAUCUCCAUGGCAGAUCGGACUUUGGAGACAGAGAGCCACGGCCUGGACCGGAAAACAGAGUCUUCCCUGAGCUUAGACAUACACAGCAAGAGCCAAGCCGGCUCGAGCCCUCUGACAAGGGAGAACAGCACCUUCAGUAUAAACGAUGCUGCUUCCCACACAAGUACCAUGAGCUCCCGACACUCUGCCAGCCCAGUGGUUUUCACCAGUGCCCGAAGUUCACCUAAAGAAGAGCUUCAUCCGGCUGCCCCCUCACAGCUCGCACCAUCCUUCUCCUCCUCUUCCUCCUCCUCCUCUGGUCCUAGGAGUUUUUACCCUCGCCAGGGUGCUACUAGCAAGUACCUGAUUGGAUGGAAAAAACCCGAAGGAACCAUAAACUCCGUGGGAUUUAUGGACACGAGAAAGCGUCAUCAGAGCGAUGGCAAUGAAAUAGCCCACACCAGGCUGCGUGCCUCAACCAGAGACCUCCGGGCAUCUCCUAAGCCAACCUCCAAGUCCACCAUUGAAGAAGAUCUAAAGAAACUAAUUGAUCUUGAAAGCCCAACUCCUGAAUCACAGAAGAGUUUUAAGGUACAAGACAGAGCUCAGUUCCACGCACUCUCCUCUCCUCAGUCUCCUUUCCCCAGCACCCCCACCUCACGGCGGGCCUUGCACAGAACACUGUCGGACGAGAGCAUUUACAGUAGCCAGAGGGAGCACUUUUUCACCUCCAGGGCGUCACUUCUGGACCAAGCCCUGCCCAACGACGUCCUCUUCAGUAGCACGUACCCUUCUCUCCCCAAGUCGCUCCCGUUGAGGAGGCCUUCUUACACCUUAGGAAUGAAAUCGCUGCAUGGAGAGUUCUCGGCCUCGGACAGCUCCCUCACUGACAUCCAGGAGACCCGCAGGCAGCCUAUGCCUGACCCUGGCCUGAUGCCCCUGCCUGACACUGCUGCAGACUUGGAUUGGUCCAACCUGGUAGAUGCUGCCAAAGCCUACGAGGUCCAGAGAGCCUCGUUUUUUGCUGCUAGUGAUGAAAACCAUCGCCCCUUGAGUGCUGCAUCCAACAGUGAUCAGCUAGAGGACCAGGCUCUGGCCCAGAUGAAGCCUUACAGCAGCAGUAAAGACUCCUCUCCCACUCUGGCUUCUAAAGUGGACCAGCUGGAAGGUAUGCUGAAGAUGCUUCGGGAAGAUUUGAAGAAGGAAAAAGAAGACAAAGCCCACCUUCAGGCAGAGGUACAGCACCUGCGAGAGGACAACCUGAGGCUACAGGAGGAGUCCCAGAACGCUUCGGACAAGCUGAAGAAGUUCACGGAAUGGGUCUUCAACACCAUAGACAUGAGCUAGGGAAGGCUGAGGAGGACAGGAGAAGGGCCCGGACACUCCCUCCAGCGAGUGUCCUGCACCCCUUAUUUCCUCCGUAGAAAGCAUCCUCAGAGCACCUUCCCCGGCUUCCUACUCUGCCCCCUUUUGGGGAGUGCACAACACAAUAGUUGCAGAUCAACAAUCAUCACCUGCCUUUUGUAGAAAAGAAAAACAAAAAAAGUAAAUAAAAAUUUUAAACAGUGAAAUAAAAGUUUAACUGCUAAAAUGUGAAUGUCUUUAUUUUUUUGCACAAUAUCUUUAUCUGUUAUGUAUUUAAGAAGAAACUGGGCCUUGGACCAGGGCGCCCCCUGGCCCAUCCGCCUCUAUUCCCGUCAGCUUUCUUAUCAACUUCAGGUAACCCAAGCUUUCCCUUGUUAUUCUAACAAAUGUCAUUAUUCCUAGAAAAAGAAUGUUUUUAUAACUUGUUUGGGGAGUAGAGAGGGAUAUUUCCUUACCUUCUUCCCUAAAAUGCCUGGAGAGGGAGUUGCUUUGAGAAAAUGCCUACCUCCCUUGAAUGACUCGUGCAUGAGCUAGUGCUGUUUGUACCUGUCCUCCAGAGAUCAGCAGGACCGGAGUUAAAUAUUUAACAGCAAGUCUGUAAACCAGAGCAGCUCUGACAGUGCCUGCAGGCCAUACCCCUUCUCAGUCCUGCAUUGUGAGGUCAUUUCCUGCUUCUCCCUUUCCCCAGGAAGAUGGUCCCACUUGUGCUGCAGGACUCUUUUUUGUUUGGCUUAAUUGAGCCCCACUAAAUUGGAAUCAAUCUCUCUUACAGCUUCCUGGCUCCAAACAAUUGAUUUCAGAAUUCCCCCAAACUAAAACCUUAUCUGUCUGCAUUUUGAAUGCAUUUUGGUCAAAAGUGUACGUCAUUUUUAAAGAUUUUUAAAGAUAAAAAUGUGGCACAAUUGGUUUUUUUAGCUUGCUCAAAAUGACCAUAUCUCUAAAUUAAUCUUUCUCUCCAGAGCAAGACUUCACCAGUAUUUGUAACUAGGAGAAGCUAACAGUGAAUGUUUAAUUGUGAAUUUUAAUCCUUGCUUGUUAGGAACAAUGACUGUGAUAGUAGAAUGGGCUUUUGAAAUCUGCAUGUCCCAGUGUGAAAUUUCAGCACGGCAUUUUCUGCAUCCUUUCAUGGCCAUCCAAAGGAUUCCGCUGCAGAAAUUAUUGAUGUGCUAUUUUUCCUGUCUUGUGAUGCAGGCUGCUUCGGGCCCUUGGGUCACUCUUCCAAGGCUGCUGUAGAGCACAGAGACGGGGCUGGCCAGUGUUGACUGACCUGAGGAGACCCCUUUGUUUGUUGCCUUCAUAACUGUCACUAAACCGACCCCUCUGCCCUUUCAGUGGCAACUCUGGUCUAAGGGAACAUUCAGCACUCUAGCGGCAUCUGAUUGGAAGUUCCCUCCCCCAAGUAAUCUCAAUUCCUUCCUCUCUCCAUCCCUGAAAGAAUCAGGAUGGAUUUUCCUCUCUUCUCCCCGCUACAUUCACUACCAGAUUUUUAUGCUACAGUUUCAUUCUUGAUUGUGAUUUCUCCAUGGGAUUUUUUUUUUUCUGGUGACAUUUCUAUCAUGGAAAUAGGAAGAUUUCGGAGUGCUUUGUAAAGAUUUCAAUUCUCUGUCUCUUUCUCUCUUUGACUUGUAUGAAGGAGAUUGUACAUUGCCUGAUAUCUCUUUGUAAAUGAGAAAUAUUGCUAACAUCCAAGCAUUCUGAAGUCUUGCUUAUCCUUCUGAGUUUAGUUCUCAUUUUGUUUUACAUUUUGUUUGGGGACUUGGGGCAAGCUAUUUAUUAGAGUUUUGCAACAGAGUUCUUGUUUGAAGCCUCUAAAGACUACUUGUAAAAUUCAAAGAAUAAAAUUCAUUUUAAACGCUCUUUUAAAA